AUGACCCAUUCACCUGCCGAACCUACUCACGCCGAUAUAACCCCUCCGGGUACCUCAACUUCCACACCCACCGCUGCCCCGUCCAAACUCGAAUGGACCAUCCGUCAAGGUACACCAGAAGAUGCCUCUGCGAUCUCUCACCUGAUGAUAGAGACGUUCAGUCGAUCCUUUGGUCAUUCAUGCACACCUGAUGAACUUGAGAAAUACUGUCAAACGACAUUAUCGGUUGAGGGUAUAAAGAAAGAUAUGGAAAAUCCAUUAUGUACUUGGCUAUUGGCUUUUGCCUCAGCUGUGGAUACCGAUGAGCUGCUGGGUAUUGUCCAACUUACUCGCGAAUCAUUUGAAUCAUGUUUAACUCUACCCAAUCCAAUCGAAUUACAACGUAUUUACCUAUCCUAUGGCGCCCACGGUACUGGUCUGGCGACGGAACUCAUCACCACAGCUGAAGAUAAGGCUAGACAAAUGGGAUUUGAAUCUAUAUGGUUAGGAGCAUGGGAAGAUAAUCAACGAGCGAAAAGGUUCUACAAUAAGAUGGGUUAUAGGGAGGUGGGCGAACAUGUUUUUGAUAUUGGGGGGAGUAAACAAAGGGAUGAGAUUAUGGAGAAGUUAUUAUAG